CGACAGCGUCGAGAUACACUGAAACGGUGCCGUGCAAUAGUAAGUAGUCAAAACCCUAGAGCAAAUAUAUGCACGACCUACGGUAUGUGGCACAUCCUUUCUGCUUUUCCAGUGAGGUCAUAGCUAGAGACAGCACAAAAUGUCGAAGCGAGGAAGAGGUGGAUCUGCUGGGAACAAGUUCAGGAUGUCGCUGGGUCUGCCAGUCGCAGCGACGGUGAACUGUGCCGAUAACACUGGAGCGAAGAAUCUGUACAUCAUUUCGGUGAAAGGAAUCAAGGGCCGCCUCAACCGCUUGCCAUCGGCUUGCGUUGGAGACAUGGUGAUGGCCACCGUGAAGAAAGGGAAGCCAGAUCUCAGGAAGAAGGUCAUGCCAGCCGUCAUCGUCAGGCAGCGUAAGCCCUGGCGUAGAAAGGAUGGCGUCUACAUGUAUUUUGAAGACAAUGCUGGUGUCAUUGUGAAUCCCAAGGGAGAGAUGAAAGGAUCUGCUAUUACUGGGCCCAUUGGAAAAGAAUGUGCUGAUUUGUGGCCAAGGAUUGCUAGUGCUGCCAAUGCUAUCGUCUGAGAGUGAAUUUCUACUGUUAUGAUUCAUGGUUUGUUUGUGGCUUUAGGUUAUAUGAUGUUCGGGAAGUAUUACUCUGCUUGUAAGGUUUAUUUAAUUUAGGACAGAAUGAAAAUGUGUCGGGUAAGCAAUUUUGUUUUUCUCUGUAUUUUAUUUCAUGUUGAUAUCGUGCACUUGAGAAUAAUUUGAUACGUGCCCUAGCAAAUCAAAGUGGUGAUGAUGGUCAGAGCACUUAACACUAA